AGGAGAGUGCUGGAGAGAGCAGAGACCGGCAGCACAAGGCAGCAGCAUGUCUGUUUCUAUCUGACGACUCUUGGAUCUCCCCGAGCACAGCUGCCGGGCUGCUGCUGCUGCCGACUUGUGUGCAGAUCGGCUCACUCAGUGAGGGAGCGCUUGAGCGCGUAGUAUACACCAGAGUUUACCAGUGGCUAUGCAUGUUCAACUCUACUGGUUUUCAUAGCUCUACCACACGUGUGAGAAGAUUUAACCAGCUUCGCACUGGACCUGACUCAACACCCAUGAUCCCCAGCCAACCCUGGCAUACCCUCUCAUUAAGAUGGGAAAUGCCUCCGAAACAUUUCUGCUCAUGUCUAAAAUAUCAAAAGACAAUGACUUCAUCAUGGGAACUCUCUACACCAUUUUUGGUGUGCUGUCUGUGCUUGGGAAUGGCAUCCUGCUGUUCGUGGCCUAUAGAAAGAAGUCCUCCUUGAAGCCAGCAGAGUUCUUUGUUGUAAACCUGUCCAUCAGUGACCUGAGCAUGACCGUAACCUUGUUUCCACUUGCAAUACCUUCAACCUACACACACAUGUGGUUGUUUAAUAAGACAGCCUGUACUGUGUAUGCCUUUUGUGGUGUUUUGUUUGGCCUGUGCAGUCUGACCAACCUAACGGUGCUCUCCUGUGUCUGCUGGCUCAAGGUCUGCUGUCCUAACUACGGUAACAAGUUUUCAUAUGUCCAUGCAUGCCUGCUGGUUGCAGGCAUCUGGUGCUACGCUGGAGUCUUUGCUGUCGGUCCCCUGUCGGGCUGGGGAGAGUACGGGCCUGAGCCUUAUGGUACAGCAUGCUGCAUCAACUGGCAUGCGCCGAACUAUAAUUCUGCAGCUAUGAGCUACAUCAUCUGUCUCUUCUUCUUCUGCUAUAUUUUGCCCUGCACUAUAAUUUUUCUUUCCUACACAUUCAUCCUGCUGACUGUCCGUGGCUCACACCAGGCUGUGCAGCAGCAUAUGUCCCCACAGAACAAGAUCACCAAUGCACAAACGCUUAUCGUUAAGCUUUCAGUGGCAGUUUGCAUCGGUUUCCUGACAGCAUGGAGUCCAUAUGCUAUUGUGUCCAUGUGGGCAGCGUUUGGUAACUCAACAACUGUACCACCUAUAGCUUUUGCUGUGGCAGCUAUCUUUGCCAAGUCCUCCACCCUUUACAACCCUAUCGUCUACCUGGCUUUCAAGCCCAAUUUUCGCAAGUCCUUGUGUCGAGAUGUGGCGAAUUGCAGAAGGAGACUCUGUGGAUGUUUGUGCCAGGGUGGCUCUGCAGAGAAGGGAAUUUGCAGGCAGUCCCAUCACAAAGAAGAAUGCAACUCUACAAGGUUAUCCAAUGGGUUACCAGAGAACCACAGGACCUGCAGACACUGUCCUUGCCCAGAAACAGACAACGGUAAUAGAGAAAAUUUUAUAGACUACAGUCCUCAGCAAACCGCCAGGAUACUUCAAGGAUCCGUACACAGUGAAGUGGCUGUCAGCCAGCUCUCCAAUGAGAUGCAGAGUGACUUUCUCUAGAGGAACAAGUGGAACUAGACAACAAGUCACUGUAAAAAUGAAGUAUGAAGCAAAAAGUGGCACGAAUGAAGCCCAAAUAACAGUAAGUGCAAGUUGGGGGGAAAGUGAAAAUGCAAUCAAAAACAAAAAUGGUAAGACUGAUUUAAAAGAAAAAAAAGUUUAAAACUACUUUCAUGCCUCAAAUAUGUGAUACUGCCAAAAAAAUAUGUGGUUAAAAGCCAAUACAGGAGGAUAAGCAAGCCAAACAUUUCACUGGUGUGUGCAUCAGCAUUUUAUCAGGUCAAAUUAACAAGUGUCAACAACUAUCUGAUCGGUUCGAGUGUAAACUCAGACUCAAAUAACCAAGACUGAAGAGUCACCAUGCAAGUCAUUUUACGCUGGACUUGGAGGGAGGAACUGACGAUGAAACUUCCUACUCCCUGAACCACAUUUUAUCUGUUUAUUACAAGUACUGUAUUUAAAUAUUAUGUAUUUAUGUAUGCCUCAAAUUGAAGGACCACAGGGUUAUUGUUAUUGUUGUUGUCUCUGUUGUUGUAUCUAAAAUGAAAAGAGUGCUUUCACCUCAUUGUCGAGGAGAAAUCAAAACCUCUACUCCUAUAGUUAAAGCAGACACUUUGGGUGUUAAUACAAAGCACUUAGGGAAAGAUUUGGCUUGGUGAGCCAUCUUUUUGUCCAGAAGGUAUAUCUGCAGGGAGGAGAUGUUGUCUUCUAUUUCCAUUUUUCCUGGUCACCACUGUCCAGGCAAGAAGAUCAUGAUGGAGUGAAGAGUGUCAGCUGUUUAGGCAUUUCAGCCAUUUUUUAUAAUAAGCCCUUUUUCAGUGACUUAAAAGUAAUUGGAGUAUCAAUACUUUGGUGAAAAUACUUUGCAGUCAAUCAUUGCCUGAAAUCUAGAACAUGGACAUCACCAGGUUGUUGAUUUCACCGGUCCUAAUGUUUUCCUGAUAUGUCCGUGUAGGUUCUCAGUAAUCCAGGUCAUGGUAGUCUAAGGAGACUGGAAAGAAAGCAACUGGACUUCUUUGAAGGUCUUUCACCUGUCAUCCAAGAGGCUUCUUCAGUUCUGAAGUUCAGAACUGAAGAGGUGAAAAGUCUUCAUGCAACAUCUUCACAAAACUUAAAAAAGUUCAGCCACUUUCUUUCCAAGCUCCUUAGACUAUCUCUCUGAUAGAUUUUAUAUGACUUUUUAGCCUAAUGUGCAAUAAAAAUAUCGACAUUUAGAGUGAACAGCUACCAAAAAGCAUGUUGAGCAAUUAACUCCAAUUCUUUCAUCAGUUUUAAUUUGUCGUGGAGUAACGAUGGAACAGGUCUCAUCUGGGCAUGAAACCUUUUGACAGUAAAUCAUCCAGUUACGUUUGAGCCUCUAAAAUUGAGGGACAUAUAAAAUUGAAAAAAAUAAAAUAAAAUACAAUACAAUAAAAAUGACUGUAUUUUCUGAACUUAAACUUUAGGUUAUUGCAGUUACUUUUGUUAAACUUCUUGUCUGAUUUAAAACUCACCGUGAUGAUGUGCAGAGGCAAAAUUGCCAAAAAAAAGAAAACACUGUCCAAAUACUUAUGGACACUACCUGUUUGUGAUCAGAACUACAUAGAACUCUGUCAGUGAUUCUGUUUGGGUGGUUUUAGCAGUUUCUGAAGACCAGUUUGAAAGAGCAAAAAUAAAUUUCUUUGUGCAAAAUUUCUGCUGCAAAUGAAUUAGUAUCUUUUAUGACAUUAACUGUGGAAAAGACACAUUAAAAGGCUGAUUGUUGAUUUAUUUAUCUUGAAUUCCGAGCCUGGGAUUAUAAGGAUGCCUUUGGCGGCAGAGCUGGGUCAUAUUUUCAUUCUUUUCAAAAGGAAGAAGAAAAAAUAAAUAAAUGAAAAAAAAAAAAAACACCUGCAGCAUUUAGAACUUAAAAGCUUAUUUUUCAUAUUUUGGGUUAGGAUUUCUUUCAUGUCACAGAAGCAUCUCUACAAUGAAGCCCAACUAGCCAAGGAAAAAGUGAGAUGGUUAUUUGGUUUAAAACAAGCACUUUAGGAAAACAAACUUUUUCAUUAACUUUGGUUGCCCUAAGGCUUGGAAAAAGGCUUUAAUUAGGGUACUAAAAAAAUGUUGUCCUGUUCCAAAUUUCCGCAAAUAAACAGGUUAGUGUGUUAUUAUUACUGGCUUCACUGAGCACCAAACCUAUGAGACUAAGACCCAAAAUUGUAAUAAAGCUGAGCGAUCUUUUAAUCAGAGCCAUUUUAACAAAAUGGGAGAAAAAAGCCUGCCUGUGGAUAGAACGCUUGCCUUCAGUACUUCUUUUGCUUGUUUUUAAUGUGAGAGACACAAGGCUUUGCCUCAGCACCCAUCAACAUUAUUUUAUUUUUAUUUUUUUUAAAAAAGUAUAGUGAGGAUUGAUGAGGUUAACUGAAAUGUUUGUCCAACAAGCAAUUUUAUACCCCCUCCCUCCCGACAGCAUAGGCCAUCAACUCAAAAGUACAAAACGACCUGCCAUGGGCAAAAUUAAUUAGAUGUGCUGGAGUGCAACUUGUGAUUAACUGGCAUGACUUUGAUACCACGAUUCCUUUCUUACAGAAAGGCUGAGACCGAAGACUGCAGUUCUGUGCAGUUUAUACACACACACAAGCGCGCACACACACAAAAACUACAAAAGCAUUUCAGAUUUUCUGCUUUCACUUUCAGUUUGGCAUGAAAUAAUUAGCUUAAAGUCAUGCAAAACAACCAGGUCAGCACAUGUGGUGCAUUUUGCUGUUUGCUACAAUAACUCCUCUAGCCUCAGUCGGGACAGCUUAUGGAGAAAUGGGUUCUAAAUUACUAAUACCACCUGAACUAUAAUACUCCACAUGGGCUUUUCACAAGACACUUAGCCCUGGGGUUAGACGCUUGUUAGCUCAAGGCUUAUUUCUCAGUUGUGAACUUAAGUUGUGUUCAGGCUGACAUUAGCACUGCUCAGUUUGCUGAGGCUAGAGCACUGAUAUGUGGGAGAUUCAGCAGAAUUAUGUACUUCUCUUUUUGGUGUUGUGCAUGUAAAACUUUGUGUUGAGGUCUAUUGAAUAUGAAAAUGAAUAUGCACAGCCGCACACAAUAUUAUUCAAAUGUGGACGAUGCCGAAAACAGCUACACUAUUUCCUCACUUGCUCUGGCACUGUGCACAGGCAGUAAAGUCUAUAACCUUGGCAGAGCCAGGAAAGAAAAGGAGGGGGAAGUCCACUUUUUUUAAAGCAGCUUUAAUAAAAUUGUCCCAAAAAACACUGCCAAACUUAUUAACUAUUUCAAAAUCCAAGAAAAAUAUUAGCAGAAUUCUUUCUGAAACACAUAUGACCACUGUGAAUCCAGGGAGUCUGAAAUAAAUUAAAGUAAGUAAGUCAUACGUACUUAUAUAUGUCACAGAUAUGAAUGAGUGCCACAUUCACCACAUUUAAAGAAAUUACUUCUGCAAAGAAAAGACACAAGUUAGGGCAGAAUAGUGGUUAAAUGUGAUAACUCAUUAGAUACUCAUUAAAUAUGUGACAGCAAUACAGAAUAUGAGAGAGGUAGGUUGCAGAAGCGUGUCUCAUAGUGUUGUAAUUCUAACUUUUGUCUCGGUGUUAGGAAUCACUUCACAGUGUUUUGCCAUCUGAUGGGACUCAUCUAUUACUUAAACCAGCUUUGCAUGAAUAUGUUACUCAAUCAGAUCCACUACUGACUUUAUGAUCAGUUUAGUUUUAUUUAUUAGUUAGUCACAUUUCCUACCAUAUUCAUUAACUACAGUGUGAUUAAGAUAAGGGAAGGCCAUAAGUAUGAUGGUAUCCAUUUUGGUUAUGCGACUAAUUAAAGCCAACACGGCCAACACUUUCUGCAUCACAUAAAAACUCUCUCCUGCACCGACACUAAAGAUCAGUCAGGAGGUACUUUAAUGCGAUAUGAUACUAGGUUGGUACGUCUUCAUCCUCAUGCAACACACCACCAACAGUGCAGCCUUUUGCGUUUUCUACUGCAGUGAUGUUUUCUGGCUGAACACCAAGUGACAGCUGCUUCAGUCUCUAGCGUGGGAUAACCCCAGGCAACCUUCAGCUCAGAGUUUACAAAGCCCAGAUCUGUAGUAUAUGCUGUAAUAUAAUUCUGAUUGUUCUUAUUUUAUUGUUCUUAUUAUUAAGUAUUUUAUGAGGUUUCACGAGAAUGAAAGCAAUGGAAAAUCUCGAGUCUGACCAUAUUAAAAGAGUUAUAUACUUCAAGUGUUGCGAUAAAUUUAAUCCAGACUUGUGAAGUUCAAGUUUGAGAAUCUUUUGAACCUGGAGCUAACUGUGAAAUGAGGUGAGGAACGCCUCGGGCCGUCUGGAGCUCGAGUUUAUUUCAGCUGACUCUUGUACAUGUGAAAACAUGUUGCAAAAACUUGCUCCCUUUGCAAAGACAACAACAGGCUCUCCACGGACUCAUAGAGUCAGUUGUUAUUUUUUAUGAGGAUGUUGUAGACAACAACAUUAUCUUCAGCUUUUCAUUUAUAUAUCAAAGAGUUCCUGGAUGUUCAGGGUAGCAGCUCAUUGCUGUUUCUUGCUCCGCAUCCUCCAGGUUGAAAAAAAAGUGACACAAAGCCUUUGAACUGUGUGCAGGAUGGUAUGGUAAACAUUUCCCAGAAAGAAACAAAUGAUUGUACUUAUUUUUCUGAUAUGUGGCAAAUGAUGGUGGUUUCAUAGUAACUAUAACAUUUUGAAAUGAGAAAAGUAGUAUAAAAACUGAAGUGUGUGGAGUUUCUGCUUGUCAUGCUGCAACCAAAGGUUACAGUCACCUUUACACUCACUGUCAAAGCCAAAAUACUGUCUUGGACUGUCAUAUUUUUCUACCAAUAUCCAGGUUAACAUAAUAAAAAAGAAAAGAAAAUGAAAAACAACAUAUCAAAGACUUGGCUUCAAGUCCAGUGCUUGAUAGGCUCUGUUUUGCCCACAGUCUUUGGGCAAAAAAAGGACAUUCAAAACAGGAAACAUAACUGUGAAAAUCUGAUUCUGAUGUCUAUUUUUUCUAUUCUGUUCUACUCUAGGAACAAAUAUUGCAAGUACCUAGGUGUGCAGUCUGUACCACUAGCCAUUCUACCUGGGUAAUCUACACUGACUUUACUCCUUCAAAUAAUAUUGCAUUGUAUAUAUCUGACAUCAGGGAUUUCAUGUAGAGAUUGUUUGCAUGGAUGAAGAUAAUACAAAUUUGUACAAAUGCCAAAUUAUGAUGUAUGUUAUUAUAAAUAUCAGUGAAAAUAGAGAUGGAGCAACACCUUGCAGUGUCUUGAAAUGGUGAUGAUUUUUAUUUUCUUGAUGUUUUAAAUGCAGUCCAAACAAGGUUUCAGUCCAAACGAGCUGCUUACUUCCUUUAUUCCCUUCUAAUGUCUAUAGAAAAGAGAAAAAAGGCUGGAUAUAUAUUUUGCAAAAGCAAGCUCACCAUUAUAUAAAGCCCAUUAUCCAAGUGGAAAACUUAUCUAUAAUGAUGUUAAUGUGCAUGCAUCUGGUGAACUUGAAUUGAAAGAUUUAAGUACUUUGAAGGCUUUAAUGUUGUUAAACAAGCUUAUAUGAGCAUUUUACAAUGAGGGAGGUUAAAUUUAGUGCCAAUAUGUCUGAGCUGUCUGAAAAAGUUCAAGCUUGGUGCAAUUAUAGUUAGUCCUUGCAUUAAUAAAUCCUGUUCCCACCAUUAGAGUGUGUUAAAACUUUUGCUAAUCAUAUUAAUCUUAACCUUCUUUCUGAAGGUUUCUGUAUCUGAAACUUCUGUAUCUCUAUAUUCUGUCAAGAUACAGCCUGGCAACAUGGCAAAGACCUUUAAGUCUAUGCUUGGUCAGAAUAUUAUGUUACAUUCUGUUUGAACUGUGUCCAUAUAGCUGUAUUAAUGCAUUGUAAAUAAAGAUUAAUGUAACUGAGCAAUGCAACUAGAAUUUUCUGACUAAACCAGCCAAGUCUUUAAAUCAAUCCAUGUUUCCCUUUUUAUUUUCUGAAAUGCAGUUUUGUUCACGAGAACACACACCAGGAGUUUUGAUGCCCCUUUCUUCAGCUUCUUAGACACAAACAAGGCUGAAUGUGUUGUGUAAAUAUGUAUAUGUGUGUCUGUAUGUAUGUAUAUGAAAACAAUUCUGUCUAACUACAUAGGCUUAAACAAAUGCGUUAGAAGUAUUAAAUUAUUCUCAUUGUUGUCAGUGAUGUUUCAGAUGCACUGUGAAAAUGUUUACAGCUUUUGUUUCUUGUUUUAAAAUUAUUAAAGAUUGUUUAAAAAAGUGUAAAGUAUAUUUACCCAAUGCAAUAUCAUUUGUU